AUGGCUGCCACAGAAUUCCUCAUCCGGGUUCUGCUAGGGACCAUUUGGUACCCGCAGAAGGUUGGUGAUGAGCUGGAUGAGGCCACGCGCGAGCGCAUGCAGCAACGUGCGCAGCUGCUGAGCCUGGAGAUGUCUCGGCUGCUGCAGGAGCUGAAGCAGAGCAGCCAGAGGCAAAGGAGCCAGGUUCAGACGAGCCAAGAGCCAAGCGUCAUGACCUGGGGAGCUCUGCUCUUUGCUGCCUUGCAGCAGCGACAGUUCUGGGCCAUUGCUGGAGUCCUGGUCCUGCUCUUUGGGCUCUGGUGGUGGCUCAGCAGAAGGAGCCAUGAGACCGACACAUGCAGCAAGAAAGGCAGUUGCAGAAAGAAGGGGCACAGGCAGGAGCAAGAAGGAAAACCCAGUGUUGCUCUGGAUAUGGGCAGAAUUUUGGCGGAGCGCCUUCUGGACGUGCCAGAAUCAUUUGUCAUGGUGGAGGAGCUGGUGGAUGAACUUCUGCGUACCUGCCGAAGACUCUGCAGGAAUAGUUUCAUGCCGCGACUGAUGCCAGCCAUUGGGGAGGGCAGUUUCUGCCAAGGCUGGAGUCCCCGUGAGGAUGACGCCGUCUACCGCCUGCUCGUGCCCCUGCAGGCCCCCCGCGGGCACGCCUUCCACCUCGAGCUGGGCACUGAUGAGGAGAUGCCGGCAAGGAACUCCCGCCUCCGCGUGGAGCUGGUGUGUACCUGCAUGAGGGAGCGGCUGGUGAAGGACAUGCUGUGCUUCCUCCACCACCCCAAGGAGGAGCUGAGGAGAAAUCAGGGUCCCAGCCUGCUAGGCACCCUCUGCACCGGCCCCUACCUAGACGUGGAGAAAACCACACGCUGGUUCCAGAUAUUGGUACGUGCAGCCUGGCGGGUUUUGCCUCGGUCGCGACACAGCCGCCUCACAGUGCUGCCCUCCAGGCGCUCCUGCAAGCUCCGGGUUGUGGAUGCUUCUGAUAGUCUCCUCCUGAUUGAGAUGCUGUUUGGGGUGCAGCAAGGUGACUCGGACACCUUCCUGAGCAUCGAGUAG